GCACGAAGACUUCAGACCUCUUAACGAUUUUGUCGGUGCUACGUCUUUCCAAUCGUCGAUUGUGAGGGAAACUUCGACCUCCUGGGAACACGUUUUCCGACGUAUUUGUCGUCUAACAAUCAGUUCGUCGAUAUAUAUUGACUAGUCUUACUUCGUGAGCUUAGUAGUUCGAACAAUGGCUAUUCCCACCACACGUCUGGAGUUUUCUGAUUUCCAUCGGAGGCCUAGGAGCAAUUCUUUCGGUCAACCUGGUCCUCUUCAUAUCGACAUUCCAUCCCAACCUCUAGGUCACACUUAUGAUACAACAUUUCACGGUAGCUGUUCCAGAUGCCACCACUGGCAUGAUGGGAUUCCCUUUAAGGUCCUGAAUGCCCCCGAAGAGUUCACUGGCCUCCAUUGUCAUAAGUGUAACCACAAAAUGUGCGGUUUGGGGAGGACCUCAACACAUGCGAGCCUCGCGUCACAAAAUACUAUUCCAGACCCACUACGCUACCCAGUCGAGAGUGAAAUCCUAUCAGGAACGAUAGCGGAACAACACGAAGAAUCAGAAUCCAUGCGUCACGGCGGUCUCGCCAUAUCAAUAGCCGAUGAAUCAGGAGAUUCCACAUUCGACGAUGUGGAUCACCUUUCUUGCGGACGGGACAGGAAAUCCCAGGCUUCGAUACACCCGCCUUCCCCGAGCUUACUGUCUCCGAACGACUUCCAUGAUCAACCAAUCCUGCGUGACUACCCAGGGCCACCUCCAAAUGACGUUGAAGAACCAUUAUUUCCACAUUCGCAACCCUCGGAGCUCCCACGCCGUGGAUUCUUCAAAGAUAAGCUCAAGAAGGGAAUCAAGCGUGCAGUAAAUAAAGUUGGAUACGACAUUGUCAGACUUUCCCCAACUUCGCCCCAUGAGUUUGAAGCCACCACGAAACCACCCGUGAUUGGUCAUGAAGGAGCAAGUAAAGUUACAAUGACCCAUGGGGUGCACUCACAGCCCUCUCCGCCUCCAUCCCCAGAAACUCGCAUAUCCCCACGGCUGUCACCCGUUCCCAGACUGCACACAUACAAGCAUCCAAAAGGACAUAUUCCGCCGACCGAUGAGCUUAUCCAUGAAUGCCGGCAGGCAAUGACCACUAAAGCGAGCGCGCAUCGCUCAGUCUCAGCUCACCCUACAUCGUACAAUAUUCCAUUAGCAAGCUCAGUUGCAGAUGAUAAUAAUGCCAUCGAAGACUGCCAAUUGCCUUCCAACAACAGUCAAUCAGGCAGAAGUGACUCAUAUAGUCAGCACCAGGAUAUUGUCUAUAAUGAAGAUAAUAGUGAGCACCAAAGCUCGUCCCUUGCCACCGACCGUGAUCGUGAAUCCGGGAUAGGAAACGAAGUUUCGGAUGCGAGUCAUCGGAGCAUGACAACGACUGCUAUCAGCUCGCAAUCAUCUGCUGGACACCCGUCGAUAUCUGAUCUGCCUGAUUUUGCAUUGGCUUCACCUGGUGGUGUCUCCGGUCGCGAUGAUCAGCUUUUUGAGCAUGUAGGAUCGCAAGUUUUGUUAGCCGAACCGUACCCUUCAAACCUGAGAAUUUCCACAGAUUCCGAAGGCUUGGGAAUCCAAUUACGCUACGACAUGCCCCAGGAUGACACGAAUGAGGAAGAUGGUGGCCUCACGCCAGUGGCCGCCAACGGAGGAGGAAGCCGUAGAUCUUCUUUACCGUUCCUCGAACCACCUGUGUCACCCGAAGACAUCAUAGAGAGACGAGAGCAAUUACACAAUGGUACCGAGCCCCAAUUGCGAGGGAGUAUUGAUAAUGACAGCCUGACUGCCAACUACGGCAGUGAAACACCACACCAGGAUGAAUGACGAGUCUUUUGCAUCCUUAUGCACAAGGAUGGACACAUACACUACUGGCCGAUAAAGAGUUAAUCCACAUGGAAUUGCAAGUAUGAGUCCGGUUCGGUCCUCAUUCGAUAUAAUCCCGACAGCAAAGGUCUCGAUCAAUGGCCACUUUGAGGCAA